AAAUGAAUGAAAAACAAUAUUUGCAUACCCAAUCAGUAAUCACCAAAGGAAACCCCUACUGGGGAAGAGCCAAGUGCCCAAUCCCAACCCUGUGACAGACCCCUCAAUCUUGCAGCCACUCUACACACAGAAACCAAAACGAGAGGAGAGAGAGAGAGAGACAUACACACACCACCAGAGUUAAUCCAGAGAGAAAGAGAGAGAGAGACUCCUCUCCCCCAAUUCAUCCGCAUUCUCUCCGACCUUGCGAGCCGAGCGAUCCCAAACCCCACCAUGUUCCGCCAAAUCACCACUCGUAUUUUCUCCAGAUCCACCUUCGCCUUUCGCGGCGGAGCCGCCGGGGCUCGGCUCUUCUCCACCGAUUUACCGGCGGCUUCGACGGCCGACGAGACUUUCGUGGAGGCGUGGAGGAAAGUGAUCCCCAACAUCGAACCCCCGAAGACCCCUCUCGCCUUCAUGACCCCUCGUCCUCCGACCCCGUCUUCGAUCCCCACCAAGCUCACUGUCAACUUUGUUCUUCCCUACUCAUCUGAGCUUUCCACCAAAGAGGUUGACAUGGUCAUAAUUCCAGCUUCAACAGGACAGAUGGGUGUUCUUCCCGGACAUGUAGCAACAAUCGCGGAGCUGAAACCCGGGAUUAUGUCAGUGCACGAAGGAAAUGACGUAAAGAAGUAUUUUGUUAGCAGCGGGUUUGCGUUCGUCCAUGCAAACUCUUAUGCAGAUGUAAUUGCCAUCGAGGCUGUGCCAAUCGAACAAAUUGACUCGAGCCUGGUCCAAAAGGGUCUUGCAGAAUUCACCCAGAAACUGAACUCAGCCACAACUGAUUUGGAGAAAGCGGAAGCCCAGAUCGGAGUGGACGUGCAUAGUGCUCUCAACUCUGCUCUCACAGGCUAGUGUUUCUAGUCUCUCCCUAUGUCCCUUGAUUCAAUAAUCAUCUCACUUUUUUUUUUCUCUUGACAUACCUCAUCAAAACUUAAAAAAGUCUGUCUCAUGACAGAAAUUGCUUUUGAGUUUACUUCGUUUUCUGUUUUUGCUGUUUGGAAUGUGGGAAUGAUAUACCCGGCUUUGAAUAGAUUUUCUUUCUCAGGAAAGUUUUUAAGUAGAAUCUCUUGAAAAUGGGAACCUCUUUUGUGUCUUUGUUCCCAAUGCCAGUCUUCUCUUUGAUGGGUGGUUUCAUUGUGGCAAGUCAAGCAAUUGAGGCCCACAAUAAAUGUAUUCCUGUGAUGUGAUGAAUCCUGUAAACUUGAAUUUGUUUGCCUCUGAUUCAUUCCAUUUUUUAUGCUC